AUGCACGUAUCAUCGACUGCCUACAUAGCGAGUCCUGAGUCAUUUUGGGGCAAGAAAGAACGAGAUAGGCACGUAUUCAAUUCGCUCGGACGCAAGGAGGGCCCGAGAUUCCUCAGUAGAGUCUCGUCUUCUAAUCCUCCAGGGUUGUUUGACAGUUGGACCUCUUCACUGAGCACUCUGGCGAACACAGUCGUGGCGGUUGGGACGGGAGGGGCACUGGAAGCAGAGCCCAGCGACAGUAGCGGCCCGAAUCCGAGGGCCGGAGAGAAUGGACCGAAUUUUGGUACGGCUGGGGGUGGCGGUGGGGACAGUUUACGUAGGGCGUCUGUGGGGGAAUACGAAAGCGACAGUGAGCACACGAGUGAAUACACUGACGAGGAUAGCGUGUUGAUGGACGAAGACUAUCAGGUGUGUGGGAGUGUGUAA